AUGUGGAGCGGCGAAGUGUAUCCGGAAAAGCCGGGCCAGCCCGACUGUGCUUAUUAUAUGCGGACCGGGUCGUGCGGGUACGGCUCCAAGUGCCGGUACAACCACCCUCGUGAUCGCACCGUUGCCUUGGGUGGUGGAGAGUAUCCCGAGCGACUCGGGGAGCCUCCAUGCCAGUAUUACUUAAGAACCGGGACCUGCAAAUUCGGUCCGUCCUGUAAGUUCAACCACCCGAAAAACGCUGGCGGCUCGUUAGUUAGUGCACCUCUAAAUAUUUACGGAUACCCAUUACGACCGGGCGAGAAAGAGUGCUCCUAUUAUUUGAAAACGGGGCAAUGCAAGUUCGGGAUGAUGUGUAAAUUCGAUCAUCCCCAACCGGACAGCACAUCUGUGUCAGCAUCUGCACGUCCAUUUUAUCCGAACGUGCAGUCUCUUUCUUCUCCUUCUCCCGAGCAGUAUGAAGGUGUCGCCAGGCCUCCUUUGGUGCCCGGAUCUUACGUGGCCGGUGCGUAUGCUCCCAUGCUGCUACCUGGGGUUGUUCCCUUUCCCAAUUGGAGUCCUUACUCGGGAUCAGUGAGCCCAGCACCAUCACAGAUAGGUUCAUCUGCACCUGCCCACGCGGGAACGUAUCCCCAGUUACCCCUGCCGGCUGGCCCUUCAGACAGCUUAACAAAGGAACAGAAGUUUCCGGAAAGACCUGGCCAGCCAGACUGUAAUUACUACAUGAAAACUGGUGACUGUAAAUACGGGUCGUCGUGUAGAUAUAACCACCCUUCGGAUUGGGAUGCGUUGAGGUCGAAUUUUGCUCUUAGUCCCUUGGGUUUACCUCUCCGUCCGGGAGAGCAGGCAUGCUCGUUUUAUCUGCAGAAAGGAUUCUGCAAGUUUGGACGUGCGUGCAAAUUUGAUCACCCAACAUCGACCGAAAAUUACAAUCUAGCUUCAUCAUAUACUGAAAUGCCAGGGUGA